AUGUUUCGUCAAAGAACAAGCGCGCAGAAACCCGGCGAUGAACUGCUGGCUACGUUUAGAAAGCAGUUCCCCGAGGUAGCUGCUACAACCGCUGCACCAGUUGGUGCUUCACAGGUCGCUACUGUCGAUGCAACCGUUGUUCCCCCCGUACCCGGAAUCCAAGAAAGGAGCCACAGUCUCAGUCAUGAAGCUUUCAGGGACCAAGAUCCGACACCUAGAGCGACAAAUGAGCCUUGGAGAUUCACUCCCUCAUUGCUGGACCCCAACUCGUUUUCCUUCACCAAUUUCGCCAAUGCGCCGCCUGGCUAUUACACUCCUACCCCGGGAGGUACCAACACCAUCUACCACCCGCAAGCCGGUGACCUUCAUACACCCACCCUAGGACUCGGUAUGGGCCUAGGAACCCCAUUGUCCAUGCCCACUUCAGAAGGUGCGAUGAACUCUGGCCCAGCCAUGAUGGAUCUCGCUGGUUUUCAGGGUAUGCACCCUCAGCAAUUUCAACCGCAUUUCAACCCCUUCAUUCAGCCUCCUGCCCCUCAACAGUCCUUUGCGCCUUCGACAUUUGUGCAUCAGGAUACCGGUUAUGAGACCAUGGAGCAGGACGGAUCUCCCAUGAACUCUGAUCCAUCUGAAGAAAGGAUGGCUUCAAUUGACAGUGCGUUCCACAACUCGCCUAUGGUUGACUUCCAGGGGCGACAAUUUGGUGGCAUGCCCAUGGCUGCAGCUCUACCGCCCUCCGCCGAGAAAUUUCGAUUCCAUGCCACUCUCAAUGCGCCUACCGCUAUGAUCAAGCAUGCAGAUGAGAUCCCUGUUACCUACCUCAACAAAGGUCAGGCCUACUCACUUUCCAUCGUUGACACCAAUGCAACCAUUCCCGUGGCUCCCGGCACCAAAUUCCGCACAUUUGUGCGUAUCUCGUUUGAAGACGAGCAGCAGAGGCAAAAGCCUGGCGUCUGUUGGGCAUUGUGGAAGGAGGGAAGAGGCACGAAUGAGGCCCACCAAAGAGGCGGAAAGCUGCAGGCCGUAGAGUACGUUGAAGCCGGACAACCCACCGAGGGCGACGACAAAAGAACUCGCAUCGAGCUGGAAUCGGCCUCAUUCGACGGCUUCUCUGUAAUUUGGACUCCAGGAAUCAAUGGUGCCCCUGAGUGCAACAUUGCAGUACGCUUCAACUUCCUGUCGACGGACUUCAGCCACUCGAAGGGUGUGAAGGGUAUCCCAGUCCGGCUCUGCGCCAAGACCAACACUUUGCCCUCGGACCCCAGCCAGCCAGCAGCGGACGCCAAUCCCGAAAUCUGUUUCUGCAAGGUCAAGCUGUUCCGUGACCAUGGUGCUGAGCGCAAGCUGUCCAAUGAUGUUGCGCAUGUCAAGAAAACCAUUGACAAGCUUAAACAACAAAUCGCACAAGCGGAGAGCGGCAUGAAAGAUUUCGGUAAACGCAAGAGGUCCUCCGCUGCAGCACAAGUUAAGGGCACAGAUCAGCGACCUGGCAAGGUGCAGAAACACAAACGGACUUGGUCAAUGUCUUCAACAAGUUCAGCUGGAGGUGGUAGCCGUCCUCCACUUGAAGAAGACUUGCAUUUCAAGCUUCAGACACUGCAAGACAUGUUUACGAGCACCAGGCCUGUUAGCGUGUUGUACCUACGCGGCGAGGACCUUGACGACCCUGAUCUUCACCCAGUUUCGCUCCCCGGAGAACAGGGCGACCUUGCAAAGGUGGAAUCCCGCGAGGGUCCAGCUUGGCAGGCUCGAAGCGGACGCAGUUCCGUUGCUGGUUCAUCAUUGGUAUCACCCUCUCCUAGUUCUCUGUCUCUGGCAUCUCAAGCUUCGGCCAUGCCCAACCGACAAUGGUCAGGUUUUGACGGGGAAGGUUCUGGCGAACCUCCUUCGCGGCAAGGCUCUGACCAGCCGACAAAGAUCACCAAGACGGACGACGCCGGUAACUUGAGCGGAUGGAUCGAGGCUCUUGGAGUCGAUCCAUCAUACCGCCCUCCUCCAGAGCGUGUCCUUAAGCCUGUGGCUUGCUUUUAUGUCAUUCGGCCGAACACAUCUGAUCCUGAGAAGCGAGAGUACUACAAAGCCAUCUACCUAGCUCAGCGAAACUUGAAGGAUUUCAACUACCGUAUUGCCACCAAGUGGAAUAUCGAACCGUCAAGGAUUGUGCGGACAGUUCAUGUGCUGGAACGUGGACUUGAAGUCGAAAUGGACGACGACGUCAUUUCGGAGCUAAGAGAAGGCCAAGACAUGGUGCUCGAAAUCAAGGAGCUCGUGGACGAAGUUCAGCCCAAGAGAGAAUGGGACAUGGUGGUCGACCCAAGUGAUGGCGAUGCUAUGGACCAAACGUCUCUCCAAGGAGGCUACGAAUUGCGCCUCAAUUUCUAA